AUGUCGAUUCCCACCGUUGGUGAUGUGCAGCGGCAGAUGCCAAAACCAGAUCAGAUGAAAAAUGUGGUCAAGUACAAAGGGCCAAACAGCAACCAGGCAGUGUUGAAGCAAGCGGCAACGAACUCCGAGCUACAGAAAGCUGUCGAGGCAGGAGAUGCAGAGAUGAUGAAGGCAAUUCUUCGGUAUGGCUCAGUCAAGCGUUGUGUGAACGUCAAUGCCCCUCUGUGGCCAAAGAGAGAGCGCAUGCUGCAUUUGGCUGCGCGGAAAGGAUUCCGAGAUGUUUGCAUUCUUCUGCUAGAGGCGAAAGCAGAGAUCGAUGCCGAAGAAAUCUGCGAUGGUAAGCAUCCCAUUCACGAAGCUUGCAAGCACGGGCACUAUGACGUUUGCGAACUGCUUUUAGACCGUAAGGCUCACAUUGAAGAAGCUACAUUCACGGGAAUGCGACCUUUGCAUUGGGCUGCAUCGGAGGGUCAUGCAGACAUUUGCGACAUGUUGCUGGAUAGGAAGGCUGUUCUUUAUGCCACAUCUGGAGAUACCCGGGAAGCUAUACACCAUGCAGCUGCCAAUGGUCAUGCUGAUGUCAUCGAAACCUUGUGCAGGCGGGGUGCCAGGCCUGAUGUCGAAGCCGGUGGUCACCGACCUUUACACCUUGCCUGCCUGAAUGGGCAGUGCGGUCAUGUGGCAGCGGUGAAAGCAUUGCUGGAUUACGGUGCGUUGAGCUCGCUUGAGGACUUCGGUUCUAACGGAACCUUGAGACGCUGCCAGGGCACUGACAUAGAGGCUUUGGUUCGCCGCAUCGGGCAGCUCAACCUUCAGGUAGAUGAAGCUGAAGAGAUGGAUGACAUGGGACAGCAUGAAGAAGCGAGGGAAGCUUACAUUGAGGUGUUGACAAGUUUUGACGAACUUGGCAUGAUCCGAUCAGCCGAAUCUCUGCGAACCAGCAUGAAGCUCCAUGCAGUUCUGUAG